AUGCCUCGAAAGCGGCACGGAGAGCGCGCGCAGGCGCAAAGGCCGCAGGAGGUACACGGUCCAGACCCUACUUCCGGUCUGCGUCCGUCUUCUUCCCAGUGUCUGGUCGCCGCGGCAGCUGAGCGCCUCCGCAGUCCCAGGGGCAGGUGUCAGUUUAGGAAAGAGUUUGGACGAGAAGGGGACACCGGCUCGUGCCUGCGCCGGCGAGCUGACGAGGCUGGCCCCUGUCUGUCUUUGCCAGGCACCAUGGAGAACGCUCCCAGCGCCGGGCAGAGCGGGACGGGGGACUCGCGUCCGGCCGACGGACAAGCCGGGAGCAGCGCUCCGCAGGGAGAGCAGGGGCACCUGCUUUAUCACGAGGAAACCAUCGACCUCGGCGGGGAUGAGUUCGGGUCUGAAGAGAAUGAGACUGCGUCGGAAGAUUCUAAUAAUUUCGUAGAUAAGCUCAACGAGCACAUGAUGGAAAGCGUCCUCAUUUCUGACUCUCCUAACAAUAGCGAAGAUGACGCGGGGGACCUCGGCUGUUUGCGGGAUGUUGGGGACCCUGCAGACGGCAGCGCAGGUCCCAGACUGGAGAGUCUUGAGGACGAAGGAGCCGUGGACACCCUGAGCAAGGACAGUGACAGUGGCGGAGAGGGUGCAUCUGAAGACCUCUCUGGCACGACCCCCGACCCAGAGCACAGUCAAGUCACAGGUGUGCCGGCCUUGGGGGAGGAGGGAGCAGAGGACCCUGGCCCAGGGGACAGGAGCCCUGGCCCGGAGGGGCCGGCGGGCGCUGCACCCUUGAGGCAGUCCCCUCCCCACGAGGAGCCCAUCCCCGUGUGCACCGUCUUCAGCCAGCCGCUCCCCGCCCACUCGCAGCCACCGCCGCUGCUGCUGCGGGACGGCUUCGAGUCCCAGAUGGUGAAGUCUCCGAGCUUCAGCGGUGCCAGCGAGACGGUGGCCAAGACCCCUCCCCAGGCGGUGCAGCCAAGUCCCAGCCUGAGUAAAUUUUUUGGCGAUCCCGCCAGCACUAACUCCUUGGCCUCAGACUUCUUCGAUUCGUUCACGACGUCCACUUUCAUCUCCGUCAGUAACCCCAACGCGGGCUCUUCGGCUCCAGAAAAUCUGUCUUCGCUCUCCACUGCAGGGGGAGAGAGGUCCCCAGGUGCCGCCGAGCCUUCUCACUCCCCAGGGAUGGAAAAGUCAGAAGCAGGGGUUUCCACAGCUUCUCUAGAAAUCUCUCAGUCUCCAAAACCGUUUUCCCAGAUCCAGGCUGUGUUUGCGGGGAGCGAGGACCCCUUUGCCACAGCACUGAGCAUGAGCGAGACGGACCGCAGAAGUGACGCCUGGCUCCCCGGGGAGGCGACCAGGGACAUCCUGAUUUCAGUAGCCACCCAGCAGUACAGCACCGUGUUUGUCGACAAGGAGAGCCUCACCAUGCCGGGCCUCAAGUUUGACAACAUCCAGGGGGACGCAGUUAAAGACCUGAUGCUUCGCUUCCUGGGCGAGAGAGCGGCGGCGAAGAGACAGGUCUUACACGCGGAGUCCGUGGAGCAGACCUUCGUGGGGUUGAGACAGCUGAUCAGCUGCAAAAACUGGAGGGCAGCGGUUGACCUGUGCGGGCGCCUUCUCACCGCCCACGGCCAAGGCUACGGCAAGAGCGGCCUGCCCACCAGCCACACGGCAGACUCCUUGCAGCUGUGGUUUGUGAGGCUGGCACUGCUGGUGAAGCUGGGCCUUUUCCAGAAUGCCGAGAUGGAGUUUGAGGCCUUUGGAAAUCUAGACCAGCCUGAUCUCUAUUACGAGUACUACCCUCACGUAUACCCAGGGCGAAGGGGCUCCAUGGUCCCCUUCUCCAUGCGGAUCCUGCACGCGGAGCUUCAGCAGUACCUGGGGAAUCCGCAGGAGGCCCUGGACAGGCUCCACAGAGUGAAGGCCGUCUGCAGCAAGAUCCUAACAAAUUUGGAGCAAGGCUUAGCUGAAGACGGGACCAUGAGCAGCAUCACACCGGAGAACAGACAAGCCUCCAUCCAGCUGUGGGGGUCCCGCCUGGGCCGGGUGAUGUGCUCCAUGGCCAACUGCUUGCUGCUGAUGAAGGAUUACGUGCUGGCCGUGGACGCGUACCACGCGGCUAUCCAGCACUGCCCGGAGCAGGAGCCGCAGCUGCUCAGCGGCAUCGGCCGGAUCUUCCUCCAGAUUGGAGACAUAAAAACAGCCGAGAAGUAUUUUCAAGACGUGGAGAAAGUCACCCAGAAACUGGAUGGACUGCAAGGCAAGACGAUGGUCUUAAUGAACAGAGCAUUCCUGCACCUUGGCCAGAAUAACUUUGCCGAAGCCCACAGAUUCUUCACAGAAAUCCUCAGGAUCGACCCAACAAAUGCCGUGGCCAACAACAACGCCGCCGUGUGCCUGCUCUACCUGGGCAAACUCAAGGACUCCCUCCGGCAGCUGGAGGCCAUGGUGCAGCAGGACCCCAAGCACUCCCUGCACGAGAGCGUGCUCUUCAACCUGACCACCAUGUACGAGCUGGAGUCCUCCCGCAGCAUGCAGAAGAAGCAGGCGCUGCUCGAGGCGGUCGCCGGCAAGGAGGGCGACAGCUUCAACACACAGUGCCUCAAGCUGGCCUAGGGCCCUCGCCCUCUGGAGCCCCGGGGCCUCUGUGAGCGGCGUGUGCGGAGCUCCUACAGGAAACAACCGGCGGAGUCAGUAAAACCUUUCGCGGGUGCGGGGAGCCGUCUUGGUGCGGAGCCGCGCGCAGGCCGCACUGCCGGGCAGCUCGUCCGACUGCAGCGAGCUCCGUGCCUGCGGCUCGGCCGGCGGUCAGGAGUCCGGGGCUGACAGGCUCUGGGGAUGGCGGCCAGGCGCCGCGGUGGCUCCGAGGAGGCACUGGGUCCCUUUUUUUUAUUCUCGGAAGCUGAGCUGCUUCAUCUCGUGAUUCUGAAUGUGCUCAGAGAAAAGCUGAAAACUCUCAUAAACCGUCCUUCCUCUGUAAAUCCCCGUACAUCUGGGCAUGAAGGCAGAGAAACACCAAGCAGACCGCCCUGCCCCUGCUCUCCUUCCCCCUCACAUCCCAGAACUACACGCAUCACUUUGAUUCACCCGAUUCCUUUCCAGCUGACGCCACACUCCGUGGCCGGGUCCGGCGACAGGGCAAGAGUCCGCGGUCUUUCUUCUGUGGUUCGUCCGGCACAGGGAGGAGGGAGGGGCCCGAACGCAGCACGCCCCGAGGGAGAACACGGAGCGUGCACAAGCGGGUGCGCUCGGGGGUCUUUCUGAACCAAGCACGCCUCGAUUUCGGUGUUUUUUCAUCGCGCGUGUCGGGGCAGUCGCUUCAGUAUUUAGAGUAGCGGGAGGCGUUUUCUGCUCUACCCGCUAGGUCCUCUGGUUGGUCUGAUAAGCCAGGUGACAGGUAAAUGAGAGAAAGGUUCCAUUACGUACAGGGGACCCAUAAGGGCAGGAGCCCCAAGGACUAGCCAGGCGAUUGAGGCUUCUGUGCCAUCCUGAGCUAAGGCAGGGGCUGGGGAGAGCAGGGGAUUCACAGAACUUGGCCCCCCUGGACAGGUCAGAGUUUAUAGCCGGGAACAGCUCCCCUCUGAGCGAGAGCCCCACCCAAACCCUUCUAGUCAUUCAGGGAGAGGUCAAUGUUUUCCUUACCCCUGCUGCAUCCUGACUGUCUUCAGCUCAAAUAAUCCAUUUGCCGAAUGGAUGGGGGACGGUGGGGGACACCCAUCCCCCGCCUGCCAGGAAUUUCUGCUGCCGGGGGACCUGAGCCGCUCACUGACCUCGUCUCCUACUCCUGACAGUAGCUUCGUUCCAUUAAGCAGUUGGGUCUCAUUUUGGGAGGCAGCUGUGCAAGAGGCUGCCAGGUCGGGCCGGGGGCGAGUAACCCGGUGUUUGCCAAGAGACCUUUCUGUGGGGACAGCGGGAAACCAGCCGAAUCAGUGGCACAGGCCGCUGCCCACUUUCCAAGCCCUGGCGCUCGGAGCAGCUUCAGAUGUGUGGAAGCCAUCGGACGGUUGGCCCUGGCCUGCGGUGUGACCGUCACUGGUGAGCUUUCCGCGUGGCCCACACAGCAGUGGGCACAGAGACUGUCCACACGGGAGCCGGGGUGGUCUCCCCGAGUGCGGGGGCGGGGGGGGCAGCUCGGCCCCAGUUGCCACAGCUGCAGGAAACGGCCAGUUCUGGUUCCCGACAGCCCCAAGUGAGCAGGGCAGGGGGAGGUGGAAACUUCAGUUUGGAGAGUUGCCGCCAAAUGCAGGAGGAAAGUAGACGUUGGGACCUGGCCCAUUUUACAGGUAGAAGACAGAACCUCAGAGCCCAGGAGCAGCAUAGACUCUGCGAUCCGCGGAGGCAUGUUAGGGAAGCACAGAGUCCGCGUAGCCCCCCCCCCACUUCCAUCAGAGAACCCAGAGCAAGACUAAAUCUGGUUCCCAGUGAAGGUGUUUCAGUGACCCGGCCUGGUUAUUUACAGAAGUGCAGAAAACAGGGCUUAUUGUAUAGGCUCUAUUAAAUCUGCUUUGCUGGAACUUUCCAUAAAAGGUCCUAGAUGAAUCUCAGAAGCCUCUCCAGGCUAAGAACCCACACCAAGGACCUGCUGUCAGACUUUGCCUGCAGUACAUACAGAUUUAGGUGAAUUCCUCUCUUCUCAAGGUCCCCAAAACAUCCUGAGGUUUCUGGGCCUGCCAGGAAGUGCCCUUCCAUGCAGACAGGCCAGGCCGCCAGGCAUCCUGUAAGCGAGAGGCCAGGAUGAUGUCCCCCCAGGGUCUUACUGGCUCCAUCAAGUCAGCCUUAGUUCCCAAAAGCUGAUCAUCUCAGAGUCGUCACGUCGCUUUCAGAAAGAAUGUUCUAGUCAGGCCUAGUCAUGUAACGAACCUUCUCAUUCAUGUCCUGUCACCAGAGUGGAAUCUGAGCACAGUCAUCACACAUAAGGCCACUAAGAUGAGAACCUAAGUUGGCAGAUCCUGGAGGGAUCGGGUAGCAAGAGACACUGUUUCCUCUUUGUUCACUAAGGUGUAUCUUAAAUCGUUGAAACCUUAAGAGAAGGUGGUUUCCUUAAAUCUGGAAAAACAAAAGAACGGGCAGUGUUUCAAAGCGGAAGUCACGGAAUUACCGUUCUCCUGAAUUCAUGCAGCCCCGUGUGGUACUUGUCCCGCUUGAACCCGUGAUCCGUUAGUUCCGGAAAGCCUUACCCAGCUCACUUUUCGGCUUGGGAGAUUCUCAGAAGCGCAUCCUUGUCAAGCCCAUUCCUUGACUCUCCCUGAAGGUGAGGUGCCGUUGCGGGAAUGCUGUGGCAUCACAGUGAAGCAGCGGGUCUGUAACCAGACAGGACCUUCACUGCCCGCUGUUCACGACCCCAGGAGAGUUCGUUAUAAUGGAAUUGACCAAGCAAGGUGCUUAUUUCUGUACAUUUUAAGAUAACUGGAAUUACAACCAACAGUCUCCAGGACAUACUAGGUUUCUAGGAAUUUCAUGUAAUUCAUAGGACAUACUCAUACUCACCCCUACGGCGCAACCUAAGAAAGUUUAUCAUCAUGUAUGUGAUGUGCUUUCCAUAGAAUUCCACACCAGAUAAGCUUCCUUAACCCAACGUCAUUCUUAGUAUAAGUGGGAACAAACCUUGUGAGAUGGUCCAGGGACCCUCUGGAAAUUCUCAAAAAUUAGUUCAGAGUCAAUGAAGGCCUUAUUUAGAAUUCGAUUCUGAGAAUUUUGUCCAGAAUAUCAGCACGUUUGGACACUUGACUGAAGAGGGUCACAGACCUUUGUCGAAAAGAGUACUUGAUUAGGUCGUUUUCUUCAAAGUGCCAGAAACUGAAGACCUGGUGCACAAUCUGGGCUCCUUGGCACAUUAUUGAAAAGGUAAAGAAACUUUCACAGUCUGUUAACAGCAAAACUGAAGUCCAAGAAAAUUUCAUUUUAAGAGUAAAAACCAAUUUUGUUCCACUUGCUCUGAUAUUAAAACUAAAUUUUAACCUUAGCCAGCUUGACUACACAUUAAAAUUUCUCUUCAAAGA